AUUUGCAUGUAUUGCUUCCUCAGAUUAAACAUUUAAAAUAUGAGGUGUAUGACACAAAACGGGAAAGACUAAAGUUGGUUAAGAUAUUUGACAAGAUUACAUGACAAAAAAGACAAACUACAACAUAUCGGGGAUUUAUUUUUCUUAGCAUUUUUUUUGUAUUGCAGAGCAAAUGGUUCACAGGACAUAAAGCAUACAUUGACUACGUCAAUUAUUAUUAUUAUUAUUUUGCUUUCGACUUCUUAAAACGUGUUGUGUGCCAACCCUCUUCAAAAUCAUCCCAAAGCUGAGCUUCAGUUUACACACAUAAGUCUUUAAUACAUUUUAAAUAAUACAUUUAAAUAAAGAUGUCAUUUUUCCAAAGCAGGACAACAGUUGUCCUCUACUGUAAAUGCUAUGAUAACACUAGGGGGCUGUAGGGAGCCUUACCUAUCCGUCUUUCCUACAUUUGGUAAGAUUGCUGGAGAAAUCCAUCUGUAUGCAGUUCCCGUCGCUUCCGUGGGUCGCAGUAUCCUGCAGUUUUCUUCAGAAACUUAAGAACUGUACGCGAUGGAUGAAUGCUAAAAACAUCGUUUCCUUUGAACUUUUCCUAUGUAUUUCUUCUAUAUGCAUUGAUAAAAGCGCUUUAAACGAUAUCAGGUCUCAGGAAAGCAGCGCUUUACAACCACAUCAUCUUUUCGUGACGAGAAACCCCAUCAUGAGCGUUCUGCCCCCCGUGAGAAAAGACCGAAUUAUCGGACAGCUUCCUAAGUGCUUCAACAGAGGUGCCGCUUUGCACACGGAAAAUGAAUUUCACAGCAAGGUUAAGACGGCUUGUCAACAACAGAGAACAGGGACAGUGGGCAGGUUUAAAAUCUCCAAGGUCAUUGUAGUUGGCGAUCUGGCUGUAGGGAAAACCUGUUUAAUUAAUAGAUUUUGUAAAAAUGUGUUUGACAAGAAUUACAAGGCCACCAUUGGAGUGGACUUUGAGAUGGAGAGAUUUGAAGUUCUUGGGGUCCCGUUCAGCCUCCAGUUGUGGGACACUGCGGGUCAGGAGAGGUUUAAAUGCAUUGCCUCUACGUACUACAGAGGAGCUCAAGCGGUUAUUAUUGUGUUUGAUCUGACUGAUGUGGCAUCACUGGAGCACACAAGGCAAUGGUUGGAGGAUGCAAUGAAAGAGAACGACCCUACAAGUGUAUUACUCUUCCUGGUUGGCACAAAGAAAGAUCUGAGUUCCUCUGCCCAGUAUGAUCUAAUCGAGCAGGAUGCUAUGAAACUGGCCGAUCAGAUGAAAGCAGAGUACUGGGCUGUAUCUUCUUUAACUGGUGAGAAUGUGAGAGAGUUUUUCUUUCGAGUGGCAUCUUUAACGUUUGAGGCGAAUGUUAUGGCUGAACUGGAAAAAAGUGGCUCCAGACGUAUUGGGGAAGUUGUUAAAAUCAACAGUAACCCAAACAACUUAUAUACAACUUCCAAGAAGAAGCAGUCCAACUGUUGUCAGUAAAGAGUGAUCAUGUGGAAAUACAAAAAAUGCACUGACCUAUAACGGUACCAAAGCAAAUCAUGCAUAUGUACAGUGGAGAAAAGUGGUAGACAUUAUUUCAACUUAAGGAACGUACAGUGAACAGUUUGGUUUAUUAUUAUUAAGGUGGAGCCGAUUCACUGCGGGAUGAAUGAAAACACAUUCUUUUGUCAGCCUUUUUUAUCCAAGUGGUCUAUGCACAUUUUUGUUUUUGCAUUAACUCCAAGUGUAUAUUUCUUAUAUUAGUGAUUUACAAAUACAUUUUCUGUAUUUUGCAUUUUUGCUUAGUUUACAGUCAACAGUGAUUUUAAAAGGUACACAUGAGGAUUAUGCGCGAAUUGCACAAAAAAUUUAACAAACAUAUUUUUCUAUAUCAUAACAAAUCAUAUUGUUAAAAAGGGUAAUGAAAGUAUUCCUUCACCAUACAUUCCUUCAUAAAAUAUGCUGUAAGAACAUUAUGUAAGUAUUAGAAGUUUACAAAGCUGCAUGAAUCAUUUCUUGUGCUUGACAUUUUUUAUUCUAAAUAAAAUGCUUUUACAAUUUUUA